UCUCUUCUUCUCUAUCAUUUUUUUACAUUAUUUAAUUACAUUAUAUUUAUAAAGCUUAGUAAAUUGUGAUUAAUUGUGAAAUGAUAUCUGCUAUCAGUGUCAAAUAUCUUGGCUAUGCAUCAUUGUUUCAAUUAAGUGCUGCGACAUUACGAGAAUGGAUUUAAUUUCUUUGAUACUAUACACCCUAUUUGUUGUUUUAAUAAUCCCUGCAAUUAUAUGGAUAUCGUAUCAUCAAUAUGUUCUUCGACAAAAAUUCAAAAAUAUUCCUGUAUAUGGCAGAUUUCCUUUUAGCACGACAUGGGAAUUAUUAACAUUAACAAGCUAUGACCGAGUAAAAUGGUAUAUACAACGUAUGCUGCAAUUUAAAGAAGGAAUUUUCGUACAUUGGAUAGGCAUGAAUCCAUUCAUUAAUCUCUAUAAACCUGAAUUAUUAGAGAUUAUUAUGUCUAGUACAGUAAAUAUCGCAAAAGGACAUCCAUAUAAAAUGAUGGAAUCUUGGUUAGGCAAAGGACUUUUAACUUCUACAGGAAAACAAUGGUUCCAUGAUAGAAAGUUGAUCGGGCCAACGUUCCAUUUUAGUAUAUUGGAUCAGUUUGCCGUGGUUAUGUCCGAAAAAGCAGAAAUCUUGAUAAAAUGUCUCGAGAAGGAGAUAGCAAAGAAUCCAGGGAAGGCUAUCAAUAUUUUUCCUUUCGCUAAUAAUGCUGCUCUCGAUGUUAUAUGUGAAACGGCAAUGGGUGUGAAUGUACAUGCUCAAGAAGGAGAAAUCAAGUAUACUGCAACAAUACAUAGAGGAUCGGAAUUAAUAAUGGAACGAUUUUACCGACCAUGGCUUUGGUCAGAUUGGUUCUACAAUUUAACAUCUACAGGGAAGAAAUAUAGAUCAGUGAUUAACAUAAUCCAUAAGUUUACGAGAGAGGUAAUACGUAAAAAAAAGAUCACACGACAAUCGCAAAACGGUUCUACCAAAGUGGAAAGUGAAGAUGAUGAACUUGAUAUAGAUAAGCGGAAAAGGAAAACUUUUCUAGAUCUAUUACUAGAUCAGAAUGAGAUGGCCGAAACUCCGUUAACCGAUGAUGAAUUGCGGGCACAAGUCGACACAUUCAUGUUCGAGGGUCACGACACAACUGCGGUUGCGAUAACUUGGACGCUCUUUCUUUUGGGCAAUAAUCUAGAGCAUCAAGAAAAAGUUCAUGAAGAACUCGAGGAAGUUUUCAAAGAUUCAGAAACACCAGCCACCGUAAAGGAACUGUCGCAAUUAAAAUAUCUCGAUAGGAUUAUAAAGGAAACGCUCAGAUUAUUCCCAAGUGUACCCCUAAUCACAAGAAAAUUAGCGGAAGAUGUAAAAAUUGGUGAUUAUACAUUCCCAAAAGGUAUUACAGUUAUAUUGGCAAUAUUAUUAGUACAUUUAAACCCGGAAAUUUGGCCAGAUCCAAAAAAGUUUGAUCCUGAUCGCUUUCUUCCGGAAAAUUCAAAGCAUAGAAAUCCAUACGCCUACAUUCCAUUUAGUGCUGGACCACGGAACUGUAUUGGCCGGAGAUUUGCUUUACUCGAAGAGAAAAUGUUGUUAACAGCUAUUUUGAGAAAGUGGAGAGUAAAAAGUAUAAAGAAACCAGAUACAGUUGAAUACGGGGCUAAUCUUAUUUUCCGACCAAGUGAAGACAUAUUCAUUCAUUUCACGCCAAAGAAAUAAUUAAUUUACCAGCAAAUGCCCAUUUCUAUUUAUGUUGCACAAUCUUUAUUAUCUUUCUCGGAAUUUAAAUGUCUUUUCGUUAUUCUUGUUGCAGAUACAGCAUAUUAUAUGAAUUACUAUUGUAGAGACAUAAUUUAAAGGAAUAUAAAUGAUUUGAGAAAUUUAUCUCCUACGAAAAUGAUGUUGUUUUAACAAUAAAUAAUU